UGCUGCUGCGCUCGCGACCGCUCGACAACCGCGAAAAAUUCGACGUUCUAGAAGGCAGGAAGUGCAACAUUUGUUCCCAGACAGGUUUAAGCGCCACAGAAAAGUUUUGUUACAGCCUUUCCGACUCUGCCUCAGUAUGAGUACGAAAUCAAGGAUGCAAGCUGACUUUAUCCAGGGAAACCAGAGCAAAGUGGAACAAGAUUCUCCCCAGUCUGCACUUUUCUACCUUUUCCAAGAAGUUUCCAAGCUUGUAUCCCCUAUCCACAACAGUUUCCCAGACUCAAAUCUACCCAGUGAAUCAGAGAUUAAGACAUAUAGCCAGGAUUCUUUAGUAAUUAAAAAAGAAGAGGGUCCACAUUCAUUUGAAGCCUCUGCUAGUUCUGUCCAGGAUACUUUAGAAAUGAAAAAGGAAGGAGAUGCACAUUCAUCUCAUACCUGUAACGGUUCCUGCCACCAUAGUUUGUCUUGUUCGUUGCCAUGUAAUGAGCUGAAAACGGUAAAUGAGGAGUGUCAAAGCAGCAAUGUCACAACUACACCAGUGUGUGAACGCAAUAGUCCCUGGAAAGUGCUGAGCCUGAUCAACUUGCAGUGUGAAAAACUGCUUCAUUUGGAAAAUCUUGAGGUGUUCGACCCAAGUUCAGCCUCAUCUGCCACAAAAUUAGGCUAUUCAACAGUCACAUUAUCCACUGCAGCACCAGAUGUUACAGAAGCUACAAUUGAAAGUGACACUCUAAGUGGUGAAUGCAUGUUAGGCCCAUCUCCUCGUCUCUUUGAGAGACAAGAAAUCACACCCUCUGUCACUGCUGAGGAAAAAGUGACAGGAAGACCCACAGGAGAUGGAUUUAAACUACAGUGCUGUGUGAAAAACUCCGAGAUGGGUGUUCAGCUUGAAACUGCUGAGAAAACAGACACUGACAGAGCAGACUUGCCAGGAGACACAACAGCAUCUCUGCAUCCUCAACACAAGAGCAAAACAGAAGUUAACGUCAUUGUCAACACACAAAUUGGGUGCAGCCAGGAGUGUGAGAAGGAUUGUUCUUCUAGCAAACAGGAUAUUUUAAAUGCACUCUUUUCUGAAAAUGCUUUAUCACAGGCACACAAUGCAUGUCUUAAUACUAAGCUAACUUGUAAUUCAGAUGAUGCUGCUUGUACUACUCUAUCAAAGCCAGUACUGUCACUAGAUAUUAAUGCAAAUCUUACUUUAUCUGUGGAAGCCCAAUGUGACAGCAGGCUGCCUCCUCUGAGCCCCAUCCAACUUUCUUCACAAUCACCAUCACUUACAUUCAGAGCUCCAGAGAAUUCUCUCUUAGGUUCAAAAUCAGAUGAAUGUGCAGAUGCCCCCAUAGAUGAAGAAGCCCCUCCAACUGCCCCGAUAAAAUCUUCUGCACCAUCCAAAGCAGAACUUUGGACAAUGCAAAAGGAGGAUCACGGUUCAUCCUCUUUGUACCAGUGGAGAACUAAGACUCCUAGAAAACAGCCUAAUCCCAGUCGUAGUGUGGAUAUUCAAGACCCGGAUUUCCAGGGAGUGACAUUCAGGAUGGACACGGAGCUAGACGAAAGCAGGGAACAGUGUCGGCUUCUCAUAACUUCAAAAUACAGCAAGGAACUCUGCAAGAGUGUGAGAAAACCCAGGCUGAGGACACGGUCAUCACAGAAAUCUUUUAAAACUAGCAGCUCGGAUGAGGAGAACGGUCACACAACCAGUGUUUUAAAGGUUAAAGUUUGUGCAUCAUGCUGCACCAGGAAGACCCCCAUGUGGAGAGAUGCCGAGGACGGGACUCCACUGUGCAAUGCCUGUGGGAUAAGGUAUAAGAAGUACAGAGUGCGCUGUGUCAACUGCUGGCAUAUCCCUCGGAAAGAGGGCAACUCCAACUCUUGCUGCCUCAAGUGUGGAAACUUUGUGAGGCUGACCUCAGCUCAGCGGAAACACACCACCUAGGGAACUUGCACACAGCACAGGUUUUUAUGCCCACAUGUGACAGAGCUUUGCACAGAUGCACACAACAGUUUGAAACAAUACUCGCUGCUCUCGUAAAUCUUUACAGUUCACUACAGAUAUGACUACCUCUUACCUGACUCAAGGUAUUUAAAUUUGUUUUACUGUUAUAGCACUGUACCUCAGACAAUAGUACACAUUCACCUCUAUGACUGUGUGCAUCAAAAAAAGUAAUAGAAAACCAACAACUUGUAAAACAUUGAAAUUUGUAUGGAAAAAAUAACUGAAGAUAAUCUGUACUAAAGUAUUUUCUGUACUGAUCCUAUUUCUGCUCCUUAAUUUGUAUUUAGCAUGUGUGAUGGAGCUUAGAAGGUUUGCUUUUUGUUUUGUUUUUUUUCACCAAGAGGGAUAUACUGAGGAUGCACAGCCAGACUUGGUAGCAGAGCUGAGAAUCGUUUAUACAAAUAAAUGGGAUACUGAAAGACCACUGUCAGAAAGUGACGCAUUCAGUGGAAAGUUUAGUCGUGACAUUUUUUCAUCGAAAUAGCUUCAGUGUUGCUUACAUAUAAUGUUCAGUAGUACCCGACAGCUGUAAUAGAAAGUUAUUUCUGUACAGGCCUUGAGCUCAGUGCUGUUUUUCACUGUUAUUAACUGUAAAACACUCCUACUGCUCCUGAUCCUGACAGCGACAGUGUUUACUAAGUUCAUCAGAUACAUUUAGUUGAACAAGUUAAAUCAAGCUAUUUAUUUUGUCGUCUUUGUUGUUGUUGUUUCUAAUUGUGGUUGUAAUAAGUGGUCACUUUUUUUGAUAUUUAUUUGGGCCAUUGUUUCAGAGCGUUAUUUUAUUUGGCUUGUUAAAUCGGUGUGUAGAUUUCCUUAGUAUUGCUGUUUUCUGUGUGAUGGGGAAAAGGGGUUUUGUGUGUGUUUGCAUGGGUGUUUGUUUGUAGUAAAUUCAUGAACAAA